AUGGCGCGCCAGGAUGAGGCAUCGAUUGUUCACGUAGCAUCAUCGAGUGAGAAGAGAGAAAACCAAAAGUUUAAUCUCCGGUCAUUCCAGUACCACCGAGUUGGACACCCUUUUCUGGUCACCAGCACGUACUCCGUACCAAAGUUCGAUCAACGUAGCGCCCGGACUUUAUGUAAUGUACGUGGCACGCCGCUGGAACAUGCGAGUAAAAAGGGGGCGAUGAUGAGGGGGCCGCCCCUGCAAGAGAAGAGAGAGCACAAACCGAACAAAGUCGCCACAAAUAUUUACUGUACGAAUGGGCUUGAGCGGAGGUAA